UUGGGUCAGCAUUGCGAGAUACUUCUCUUUCGAACGCCAGUUCAGGUGACUUGGACUGUGAGCCAUCCUGGAGUACUGCAAACUGUUCACCCAUUUGGUUCUUCAAUCACAGAAAAGGAUGAGAAUCACUUUGCCAUAUGGUUGGAAGGAGGUGCAGCGGGCUCAGCUACUGUAAAGGUCCGCGUGGAGCCAUCUGCAAGUGCUAAACAGCACUUUAUUGGCAAGAAGCAGGCGUUUGAAGAUACGGUAGAAAUACGUGUAGAAGAACCUCUAUCAAUGCGGCGGCCAGAAAUGCCUAUACCUGUCAUUAGAUUAGCUCAAAAUAGCGAAAUUCAGCUUGAGACAGCUUGGCCACAAUCUGCCGUAGCGUACUCUGUGCCUUCUGAGUAUGCCAAUCGUCUUUCUGUCACGAAAAAUGGCAUUGCCCGCGCAAAAUCGUCUGUAGGACCCGCAGCUGUAUAUAUUCGCAGAACGGAUCAACCUGACAAUGAAACCGCUAUAAUACCCAUAACGAUCGCUGCCGUUAAUUCUUUGGACGUCAAGUUGCUCACGAAAUUAGAGCCAGUCACUUCCACACCUCUUAUGAACCUACCAGUUGGAGCCAAGAUUGCGCUUAGAGUGUUAUUCCGUGAUUCGAGAGGAAGAGAGCUCAGUUCUUCGUCGAAAUUGAGCUAUAGACCGCAUAGGUUUGACCUCACCGACAUAGUCCCAUCUGACGCGAAUCGUACGCUUACGGUAUCCUUGAAGUCUGUGGGCGAAACCGUUCUGAAGGUAUCUCUUACAAAACUUUUUGAUUUCCAAUGCAAUUAA